AUGCCUCCAAAGAUCGAGGGCUGGGACCAGGCAACUGUCAUUCCGCAGUGUGUGAUCAACAGGUUGAUCAGCCAGCAUGUCUCGUUGAUCCCGCCAGACGAGCUCCAUUGUGAAGACGAACAUGGUUCCGGGCUCUCAGAUGUUGUCGCUGGUAUUCCGCAGGUCAUCCUCGAUGUAGAAGGGAAGGCCGAUCGCGUCUUACUCGUCCUCCCUCUUCUCUCUGGCCAAUUGCGGAUUCGAGAAAAUACCAACCCCAACGAUCGCACAGCUAUUGAGUAUGCGGUCAAGGAUUGGCAGUUGGCAUUUACUGUGAACAUAAACCCGAAUCCUGAUACGGCCCCGAAUCCGAAGUAUAAGCCAACGCAGAAGGCCCUGAAAGUGCAAAAGGACUACAAAGAGGUCCACGACGGUUUAAAAACGGCAGACGGGAUCACGAUCUGGGACUGGCUCAUGCGACUGGGAGCGAGCGAAUACGGCCCCCUUGAUUUGAGGUACAGCUCCUUUGGUUGCUGGACCGACGAGGACUUUCAAAUCUCCGAGGAUGGAGUCCAUGUACCAGCCACGCAGACAUUUGUAGCCGGCAGUCAGCGCAACUGGUCGGUGGACGAGCCCAAGUGGUUCCAAAGAUUCGUCGAAUAUCUCAGCCAGUUUGACCGACAGCUCUGGCAGACUAUCACUCUCGAUCUUUUCCAGCAUGUGGCCGCACGUCCAAUUCCCGGCGACGGCCAAUCACCAAUCCUGCCUGUGACGAGCCUCCACAUUCAGCAAUAUCCAUGGCUCGACUCUUCCAAUACCCCCCGCACCAUUUUAGAUGGCCAGGGUGGUUUCAACGCCAUCUGUUUUCUCGAGACCAUCCAAGGGGGUUCAAAGCCCGAGGCUCAAGCGAUACCUUGGCAGGGGAACUGGAUCGACGGCGAGUAUGCUGUCCAUCAGGUAUCUCUUUUUCGCGCAAUAUCACCGGUUUUGAGUCGAUAUAACCACAUACUGUGGAAGGGGGUCACUCAAGCAGAUCCACACUCAACAUCCAGUGAUUGGGAGCUACGUGACUUGCCCCAAUGGUGCGAAUUGAUUCGUUACUGGGGCAAGGAACCCGAGAACAUGUUAUCCGUAAUGAAGGAGCGGGGCUCGAUUUAUGACGUUAGCUUCUGGGACCCGGCUGGCUCCUGGGAUCCGCCUGCGGCAAACAGUGCAUUGCCGUCGAAUGCGCUAGUCUGGAGUUCUGAUUGUCGCAGGGGACAGUCACGGCAUAAGAGUGGCGACCGGUGGGAUCAGGAACACAUCGGGCUCUUCAACCGGUUUUCCUUCGUGCCUGGAGCCAACCAGCUAUGCUUGGAUACGGGAUUGAAAAUUAGAACCCAAUAUAAUGAUGAAGUCAAGACACAAUUGGCAGCCUGGGAUAAAAUCCUGUUCAAAUUUGCUGACGGGCUGGAUGGGCGUCCAGUCAGGGUGCUUCCUUCCAACCGACACAACUUACCCAGUUUGGCACAUCCCUAUACUCUAAGCGCAGCACAGAACACCAAAGCAAUCGAGGAGUUAGAGAAAUUGGACGCAGAAACAGAAAAGUCCCCCUUUCCUCAAUUCCGUCAGGGCCAACCGAUUCCAGCCCGUCGUGGCCCCCUUCAGCCAAGACAAUACUCUGUCACAGAAUCCGCAAGCCUCAUUUGCCAGCUUACCUAUCCGCGCGCCUCUCUCUCGGUUUGUUAUAUCCCCAACGCUGAACCAGAUGGGAUUCCGCCCAACGCCACCAUCGCAGCGGCCAGCCGGGAUUCUAGCACCAUCGAGAUCUGGUGGGUGGCCACGGACGGAUCAGUGCAAGGGGCGUACCAGUACGAGAGUGAGCCCUGGCGGCGGUAUUGGCUCGCGGGCGCGGGUUCAGCCGUCCCAAAUGCCAUCUGCGCCACCUCGUGUGAUCCCUCGCGCAUAGAUGUGUUCUGGAUUGCCCCUGAUGGUUCCAUCCAGGGCUGUAAUUUCCACCGGGACCGCGCCAAAGUUUGGAGUUCCCCGGUGGCCAUCCCGGGCCACAACCCAGCCUCAUUGCCAGGGACAAUCGAGGCUGUCACAUUGGCCCCUGGGGCGCUCGCCGUAUUCUGGACUGUGAAGGAUCGCAUCGAAGGGUCGUUUUCCUCCAAAGCGGAUAAGUGGAUAGCUCGAUGCCCCUCUCUGGGCGGAUUCGACCUAAUCGAAGCUUGUUACGACGGCGAGAUACGGGGAGCGGCACUCCGGUGGCAGCCCACGGAGGACUUUCCGGAAACCUUUGCUUCUACCGUUCUCGCGCCACCCCAAUCGAUUCCGGGCUCCUCUCGGUUGGCCACCGGAGGUCAUGGGGACGAGCAUAUUGGAUAUUGGCACGCCACGUCGUCGGGGGGUAUCAUGGGUACUCGGAAGUACAAAACUGACUCUUGGAGGCAAGAAAAGGUGGCUCCGGACGGGAGUAUUGCCCCUGGUGGGAGUUUGCAGGUCGCGUCUCGAGCCCUUGGGAAACUCGAUCUGCUGUGGAUUUCCCCGACCGGGGUCCUGAAGGGGUGUGGAGGGACAACCGACGUACUUUCCAUGCCCUCUUAUACUAUCCGUGACGACCCAGUUGCGGCACCUGGGUCGCCACUUACAGUGUUGUGUCGGCGGGAGGGGACCUUGGACGUCUUCUUCCGAGGGCCGUCAGGGCGCCUUAUCGCCGGCAUAGUGAACUAUGAUUAG